CUCUCUCUCUCUCUCUCUCUGUGCCGGGUCAGGAUGGAAAGGCUUACACAGGCAGGGGAGGAAACAUGUCAUGAGAGGUGAUGACACAGCCACGGAGACGUAUCCACAUCCUCGCUGACUCCCAACUUCGCCGCUCGCCUCUGCUCCUGCCGCCGCCACCGCUGUUGCUGCAACCCACAGAGGAGAGAGGGAGCCAAAGAUAGCCUCCGUUCUCUCUCCCCACCUCUCUGUCUUCCUCUCUUUUUCACUUUUGUUGGUGGAUGAUGGGAUUUUAAUCAUGUGGAAGACAGCUGAGCGGCUCUUCUGGAUUUCGCUGACGCUGCGCCUGGUCCCGCCUGGCCUCUUCUGAGCAGGAUGGACACUCUGGAGUCAGAGCUGACCUGCCCAAUCUGCCUGGAGCUUUUUGAAGACCCGCUUCUGCUCCCCUGUGCCCACAGCCUGUGCUUCGGCUGCGCCCACCGCAUCCUCGUCUCCCACUGCGCCACCAACGAAUCUGUUCAGAGCAUCGGCGCCUUCCAGUGCCCCACCUGUCGAUAUGUCAUCUCUCUGAGUCCGGAGCGUGGACUAGAAGGACUUAAGAGAAACGUGACCUUGCAGAACAUUAUUGAUCGAGUUCAGAGAGCCUCAUCUUCAGCUGGGCUCCCCCUACCACUGCCGCUGCCCGCGCCCCACAGCGGGCCCAACUCUCCCAGUGAGGAAGGGAGCAACCGGUUGGCGCUGGUCCCUGUCAGCGCCGCCAUGUCCAGCCCAGGAACGCCUCCCGAACCGGUCCAGUGCCAGUUCUGCGAGCAGGACCCGCCGCAGGAUGCCGUCAAGACGUGCGUGACGUGCGAGGUGUCGUACUGUGAGGAGUGCCUCAGGGCGACGCACCCCAACAAGAAGCCGUUCACCGGCCACCGGCUCAUCGAGCCCAUGCCGGACUCCCACCUCAGAGGGCUCCAGUGUCUGGAGCACGAGGAGGAGAAGGUGAACAUGUACUGUGUCACUGACGAUCAGCUGAUCUGCUCACUGUGCAAACUGGUCGGAAGGCACAGGGACCACCAGGUGGCAGCACUGAGUGACCGCUAUGAAAAACUCAAGCAAGCCCUGGACUCCAACCUGAGUAGUUUGAUCAAGAGGAAUAACGAGCUGGAGUCACUUAUGGGGAAACUGAUUCAGACUUGUCAACAUGUAGAGGUGAACGCAUCCCGCCAGGAGAGCAAGCUCCUGGAGGAGUGCGAUGUCCUGAUUGACAUCAUUCAGCAGAGGAGGCAGAUCAUUGGCAGCAAGAUCAAGGAGGGGAAGACACAAAGGCUUCGGAAGCUUGCCCAACAGAUCUCCAACUGCAAGCAGUGCAUCGAGAGGUCCUCGGCCCUCAUCACGCAGGCCGAUCAGACGCUAAAAGAAACCGACCACGCUCGCUUCCUGCAGACAGCCAAGAGCAUCAACGAGAGGGUUUCCAUGGCAACUGCAUCAACCCAAGUGCUGAUCCCCGAGAUACACCUAACAGACACCUUUGACACCUUCGCCCUGGACUUCACCAGAGAGAAGAAGCUGCUGGAGAAUCUGGAUUACCUCACCGCUCCAAGUGCUCCGUGCAUAAGGGAAGAGUUGUGCACGGCUUCCUAUGACACCAUCACUGUCCAUUGGACGUCUGAUGAUGAAUUCACAGUGGUGUCCUAUGAGCUCCAGUAUGCCAUUUUCACUGGACAGUCCAACAUUGCCAGUCUCUGUAACUCACUGGAGAGCUGGAUGAUAGUUCCCAACAUCAAGCAGAACCACUACACGGUACAUGGCCUGCAGAGCGGCACCAAGUAUAUCUUUGUUGUCAAGGCCAUUAACCAAGCGGGAAGCAGGAGCAGUGAACCGGGGACUCUGAAGACCAACAGCCAGCCGUUCAAGCUGGACCCCAAAUCUGCUCACAAGAAGCUGAAGGUGUCCCAUGAUAACCUGACGGUGGAGCGUGAUGAAACCACGUCCAAGAAAGGCCACAGCCAGGAGCGGUUCUCCAGCCAGAGCAGCUAUGGUGUGGUGGGAAAUGUCUAUAUCGACAGUGGUCGUCAUUACUGGGAGGCUCUGAUUGGAGGGAGCACAUGGUACGCUGUGGGCAUAGCCUACAAAUCAGCCCCCAAGCAUGAGUGGAUCGGUAAGAACUCGGCCUCUUGGGUGCUCUGCCGCUGCAACAACUCCUGGGUGGUUCGCCACAACAGCAAGGAGCUGGCCAUCGAGCCUUCGCCACACCUGCGACGCGUCGGGGUCCUGUUGGACUAUGACGCCGGGUACCUGACCUUCUAUGAUGCCGUGGGCUCCCAGCACCUGCACACGUUUCACGUCUCCUUCAUCCAGCCCGUGUGUCCCGUGUUUAACGUGUGGAAUAAGUGUCUGACCAUUCUCACUGGUCUACCCAUCCCCGACCAUCUUGAGGGACUGGAACCCCACAACUGAAAGCUACAGACAGACAUGAAUAAAUCAGCAUAAACUGGCCUCAUUAUCUUAAAGCUGCACUGGGCAAGAUUUGUGAAAAUACUCAUGCUUGCAUAGAGAACAGAAAACUGUCCCAUCCUCUUAAAAUCACAAGGAUCUGCUGCAUUUGCCCAAAUUAAUCCGCUCAUGUGCACUUUUACACCCAGAGGCAGCAACAAACGUAUUUGAGUAAGCUAAUGACAUCACUUUCUGAAUCAAAAUAAUUCAAACACUUGCUACUAUUUGUGCAAAGUUACCUGGCGCAGCUUUAAUGUGCAAAUACAAAAAGAAGAAAUACCCUAGAUGUUACUUCAUCAAGCUUCUCAAAGGUGAUUUUCACUUGUUUAUUAUGAUUUCUAAAGGCAAAUAUGAUGCUGGUUCAUGUUGUAUUUGACUCACAAAGACUUAGUGAAAACCUAUUCUAGAUGGAUGGUGGUAAGCUGGAGUCAGUACAGACAAAACCAGGACAAACGGACCUUGUUGGACUAGAAAUUCCUACUCUAAGGCACUUUGGGUUACGAUAGGCAUAUUUGUACCACGGCAACUAGGAAAAAAGCCACAAAUCAAUUUCUAAUUUUCCUUUUUUCUUUCUUUUUCCCACCAUCUUAUCAGAUAUAGCACUUUGAGAAACCUUUAAAAUACAUACACUGCGUAUGUGAUCAUACACAAAACAUAAAUUCAUACACACAUACCACCCCUACUUUAAACCAAUCACGGUUGCUGGAAAAAGCAGAAGGUGUAUAUUUUGUAAAUUCAUAGGCAUUAUCCCCUUAUUUUUCCCUUGUUAAUUAAAAAAGAACCAAAGUAGCCACUGCUGUCUAUUCAGAUGUCUUUACAUAAAAUUUUACUCUUAAUAAAUACUGAAUUAUUUUUUAAAAAGUGACAGAGAAGAAAUAAUGUUAUGCUAAUAUUAAAAGCAAAGGCUUCCUUUAAAUGUAGACCUUGUUUUUGCACAUUUUUCAUACUUUAUUCAUGGUUUCGUAGCCUAAAAGUCUCAAUCAUUUUGGUGCAAUUAACAUGCAUUCGUAUUGGCAAAGUGUUGUGUUCUGUUUGACUUAUUGUGUUAAUUUCCUUUUUUGGCAGCCAGACAAGUCCUGCCAUUAUUAUUUUAUGUGAUACAUAAUAUGUGAGUUGUGUUACAGUUGUAGCCCCAGGUUAUUGUUGGAGCUAAGAGGUAAAAUGCACAAUUGGGUGUAAUUUUUUCCUCACUUUUCUCUAAAUCAAGCAGUUUAGUGAGACAUAUUUGUGCUGGUGUGCCAAUACUCCAGAACUAUUAAUUAGCUUUUAAUGAGGAGUGUCUUCCCAUUUUAUCUUCUUUUCACACUGAGGUCUUAUUUCAUCAAUUCAACAUGCACCAUAUUGUUUGAACACAUUAAAAGUUCAGUUACUCUAUAAAAACACACCUUUCUCACAUUAUCAAGACAACACAGCUGUACACAUGGGUAUGUCGUGAUUACAUCAGUAAGGUGCACUCACUCUUUACUCCAGUCAUUGGCUCAGUCUCAUUUAGAUUCUCCUUAAUUCCUUGUGAUGCAAAAUGGACUAAAAGGCCUAAAUGAGAAUCAGCCAUUGAUAGUCAUUGGUCAAGACCCUUUCAACAAAACCUCCCAAUGGGAUAUUGUCAAUUCUAUAUCCUAUAUGUUCUUUAUGUGAUAAUGUUUAACGUUGACAAAAUGGAGCUCCUCAGUGUAAACACAAUGAUAUGGUUGUAUUUCUCAAUGUUGAGUUGUUUUGAAUACCCAGUAUACUUAAAAAUAUGGAGGACAAAUAACAAUCUACUCUUAAAUUCUGUGUUUCCUUGGCAAUAAAUUCAACUGUAUGUUUCAUUGUAUCUGAUACGAAUAUAUAGUGCUUAAUUUAAUGUUUCCAUUUGAAGUUUAUGACCAUGGUGUUAUAUGUUCUGUCUCUGUGGACAUUUUUAUGGAAAACAGGAUAUGAGUGCUUGCAUCACUGUCGUCUGAGAUAAGUCUAUGAGAAGGUCAAAAAUAAACGUUCCUUUUCACAUUAAA